GAAGGAGAGGAAGGGAAAGGAAAGGAAAAGAAAAGAAAAGAAAAAGAAACGAAAAAAAGAGAAUACGUUUGUUUGUUGGGUUGGGUGCUGACUGCUGAGAGAGAGAGAGCGAGCGCACAGCCAUCAUUAUCAUCUCAGACACUAGAAAGAGAGAGGGAAAGAGUGAGAGAGAUUUAGAAGUUCGGUUCGAUUUAUUAAUGGGAUCGUCGUCGGGACAGAGUAGCAGCUACGAUCUCUCAUUCAAGAUCUUGCUGAUCGGCGACUCCGCCGUCGGCAAAAGUAGUCUUCUCGUCAGUUUCAUCUCCAGCUCCGUUGAAGAUCUCGCUCCUACUAUUGGUGUGGAUUUUAAAAUCAAGCAGCUAACUGUUGGUGGGAAGAGAUUGAAGCUUACAAUCUGGGACACUGCUGGACAGGAGAGGUUCAGAACAUUGACAAGCUCUUACUAUAGAGGUGCCCAAGGGAUUAUUCUUGUAUAUGAUGUGACACGGAGAGAGAGCUUUACAAACUUGUCCGAUGUGUGGGCUAAAGAAGUAGAGCUUUACUCGACUAAUCAGGACUGUGUGAAGAUGCUUGUUGGAAAUAAAGUUGAUAGAGAAUCUGAAAGGGUUGUAAGCAGAGAAGAGGGUAUUGCUCUUGCAAAAGAGCAUGGAUGCUUAUUUUUUGAAUGUAGUGCUAAAACUCGAGAAAAUGUGGAGAAAUGCUUUGAAGAGCUUGCGUUAAAGAUAAUGGAGGUUCCUAGCCUUUUAGAAGAGGGAUCGACUGUAGGGAAGAGAAACAUCUUGAAACCGAAACCAGAAAACCAACCACCACCUACUGGUGGUUGUUGCUCUUAAAAUGAUGCAAGAAUGAAGCCGAUGAAAGCAUGAGUUGAAUGUUGAUUAAAGGCCUAAUCAGUGCUACUAAUGUCACAUACACUGAGCUUGUAUUUAACAUGUCAUGAUUUGAUUAUGUAAAUGAUGCUUCUUUUUCUUGUUCCUCACUGCUUGUUAUUGUUGUUUUCAUUGGUUGCCUUAGUUAUACCACCAUUCUGGGAAUACUUGCAUUCAAUUAACAUCUACUAGCUUUGUGUAAA